CAAUGUUUCGUUUAUUUGGCAUACCAAUGCACGUCGCUUUUCUCCUUUCUGCUCCAUAAAUCACUGGUUCUUGAUUUGGAUAGGCAAGAACUUCCUAUUUGAUGGACCUCCGGAUUGGUUCGUUAUUGGGAAAAGGCGGGCAGAUGAAAUGGAACAAUUCUUAGGUCACGUAAAGCAGAUAAUAUGAUCGACUGAUUUGGAAUUCAGCGCAAAUCGCUCGUGUAAAACUCGUGAACAUUUAGAACCGAUGUUAAACCGAGCAUCAAGAAGUUGUUUCUGUUUCCUAGGAAUUGUAUUACAAGUUAACGACGUUUAUCUUAUCUUAAAGAAGCGUUUGACACUAUUGCACAAAUAGUUGUCUGGUAAUUAAGUUUAACAAGACUUGCCAAAAUCGACGAUUUAUAUCUUUUAGUGUUAACAUUUGGCAGUAGGAAUCUUACUUCAAUACAUGCCAUGGAAACCGUCUGCAAAAAUACCAACGUAGUUCUAGCGGUGUUCGGCAAUGGUCAGACGAACUGACGUGAAUACUACGACGCAUAUACUAGUUUUGUAAAACGUAUAGAAUCUACAGUUGGGUCAAGAAUGAACGACCAGACCUAUUUUCACUGGGAUUUUUUCCGACCACAGAUUCACAGCCCAACCUUUGCGGUUGGAGGACAAUUUCUGGACAUCAGGGAGGAUGCGAUGCGAGGAAUCCAGAACAAAGCACCUUGCAAGCCCUUCUCUCUGGACCAAUCAUGCGCCUUCUGGUCUAAGGACAUUGGAUUGGAAUCCGCAGACGGUUUUCACAACGUUGGAGGCCGUGUUCUAGAAAUUCGGAAGGAGAAGUCCCGUGACGCCGCUCGCUCCAGGAGAGGCAAAGAAAACUACGAAUUUUACGAGCUGGCGAAACUACUUCCGCUUCCGGCUGCUAUCACAAGUCAGCUAGACAAGGCGUCCAUCAUCCGACUGUCAAUCAGUUACCUGAAGCUCCGGGACUUCUGCGGGCAUGGCGAUCCACCCUGGAACAGGGAAGUGCAAAGCCAUGCCAAAUUACAUAAAGGUCAACGGCGCGGUCAGACAUCGAUAACAGCGGACCUCUUUGAACUGCAUCAAGGGGCUCAUAUACUGCAGUCCUUGGACGGAUUUGCCUUCACAUUGAGCAAUGAUGGCCGUUUCCUGUAUAUAUCCGAGACAGUGUCUGUCUACCUAGGGCUUUCACAGGUGGAAAUGGCGGGCAGCAGCAUAUUCGACUAUGUUCACACACAAGACCACCAGGAAAUGGCGGACGAACUGGGCAUCUCAUUGUCGAGUAUUUCAAGCACACUUUCAUCGCCCACAUCUCCACUCGUGGAAAGUCCAAAAAGUGCAAGGGCAGUAACUCCUCCCAUGAACGAUAGAGUUCCGCUGAUGGUUCCCGGUGGUGAGAGAGGCUACAGGCGGACAUUUUGUAUCCGGAUGAAGUCGACACUAACCAAACGAGGCGUACACAGUCGAACAUCGGGCUAUCGAGUUUUGUUAAUCUGUGGCAAGUUCCGAUCUCAGUUCAGCUUCACCAUUGGCCAAAAAAGCCCAGGUCCUCUGCUGGGCUUAUCAGGCGUGGCGAUUGCCCUCCCACCACCGUCCAUUACAGAAUUGAGGAUUGAGUCAGACACUUUCAUCAUGAGGUUCACUUCUAAGUUCAAGGUCAUCUACUGUGAAAAUGUGAUCAGCACGUUAACAGACUGGAAGUCUGAUGAGCUGUCGGGAAGGGACGUAUACACCUUAUGUCAUCCAGGGGACAUUCAACUGCUCAGGAAGGCUCACGAUGACCUGCUGGCAAAAGGGCAGGUGUUGUCACCCUGUGUUCGCCUGCUGAAUAAAGGUGGCGGGUACAUCUGGGUGCAGAUAUGCUGUACAUCCCUGUUUACCUCCAAGACGACUGACGAACAAACCGUUCUUGCCAUUAUCCAGACAAUGAGUAUUGAGCACCGAGGUGUCGCCAUGGAUACUAGUCAGAUGCAGAAUGUGGCCCAGCCUGUAUGCAGUUCUUCAAACCAAGGCGAUUUGGAGGCUAUUGCCGACGGGAAGGCGUCUGUGGCAGAUUCACCAGACCUGCUAUCUAAAGACACUGAUGAAUCACAAGAUGGUUCCAAUGAACAACCACCAGAGGGCGCCUCUGCUGAAUUUCACACAACAAUGGAACAAGGUCUGUUCUUUGAGGACAGUAUAGACAAAAAGGUCGAAUUGGCUAAACAUGACAACCGGCUUUCUCGAAGAAAAGCUGAUCGCCCAAGGAAACGACGUCGUGAUUCGGACGAGUGUUCACCUGUUGCCGCACACACAGUGGACAUAAGUGACAAUAGUACCUGUGAUCUUAUUUGCAGACACAACAGCGUAUCUGAGCACGGGUCUAGCCCGUCCCUUCACAGUGAGGAAGACAGCAUUCUGAACUUGUCUUCGGCAAAUCCAAGUAUCCCAAGCAGCCCGCUAGUGGACACCACAAAACUCGCACAGGCUACUCCGGAGGAUCUUUCUCUGAGAUCAAAGAUUGAAAAAAUGAAUGGUGAAUAUAGAGAAGCGAAGAUUCAAGCCAAAAUAACUGAUAAAAAUAUUUCAAGCACUGUUCAAGACCUUGAGAAGGCUAUGAGCAGGCAUCUUCCAUCCAAGGGGAAGUCCAGUUUUGUUGAAACAACGAGCCGCUUGGAUCACAAUUGGACUGGUCCGUUUUAUUCAUUUACACCUGGUUUAUAUAGUGCUCAUAACAAUAACAUAUAUGCAAGCAGGGAAUCAGUCAUUCGCACAAGUUUAACCAAUAGGGUGUGCUCGUCACUUUUGGAUUCAAACCAAAUCCAACCAUCUUCAGACUUAUCUAUUCACAAGGACCAGCUUCAAAUUAAUAUUCCACACAUUUCAAUUCACAAUAAACAGAAACAGUAUGUCCAGAGCGAUAUAUUAUCUCUCGCGGACGAAUUGAUCAUUCCUACCCAACCGUGUGAAUCAACCGCGGAGAAGUGUGGACAGGGAUGUUUUACGGAGAAUGAUGAUGUUCUUGGACUGAGGACAAUCCAUAGAAACCCUAAGUUUACAUAUGCAUCUGCCACUGAUCCUAUCAAUGAUAUAGCAAAACAGCCGUUUCUUUCUGUGCCAAAUUAUCCAUAUGUUAAUCCUAGUUUAUCGCAGUAUGCAAAUUCAUCGUCACAAUCAGUGGGUGCCAUGUUUGAGACACGAGCAGACGGUAACAGCAUGUGGUAUGGGGCGUCAUAUCCAACAUAAACUGUUUCUUGAUAUACAGUCGAACCCCGUUGACUCAAACUUCCAGGGGCCAGCGAAAAUACCUCGAUUCCGGAAAAUUGGAGCCAAUAGGAAAUGCUUACCUUUAAUGUAACGAAAUCGGUGCUUUAUAUCCAUUUCGAGCCAAAGAGAAAUUCGAGCUAAGCGAGUUCGAGCCAACGGAUUUCGACUGUACAUUUGCCUAACCAUGAAAGGAAAACAUAUAUCACACUGAAAGCUGGAACAUAUUUUUAACAAAUUUCAACAUUAACAAAUGUUUAGAUAAAGUGUAAAGGGGAUUUACUAAAAGUAACAAAAACCAUCAAUUUGCAUAAUUUUAACACUUUUCACACUUUUAAGCUCGACUGUUUUUUCGGAGAAAAAAACCCCGGACUUUUGUGAAAACUUUUGGUGUCGGCGUCGUCGUCGGCUUCGUGCAAAAAAUUAAACCUUAGCUUUCACUAAUAAACCGUUAAGAUAUUCACACACAAUAAGGUACACUUUCUCCCGAGACAAUACGCACAUGCAUGGCAAGGCACAUAUCUCUGACUUAAAUACGUGUUGAGUUAAUGCCCAUUAUGUAGAUUGAAAACGUCGUCGCAAGUUUUAACUUGGAAAUAACUCCAGACCGUUCGAGAUAAUUACAUGAAACUUUGUACACAUCUACCCAGUGACAUUGCGCACAAGUAUGGCAAUGCCCCUUCCGUAAGGUUAGUUAAGUCAUUUCCAAGUUUUGGCUAAAGAAGUCGCCGUUGGACACAAUACUUUCAUUAUUGUAAUGCUUCAAUAGAUCUCAGGCGAUAAGUAUUCCAAAUACACAACACGAGUAAAAUAUUAUUGCUUUACUUUCGUCGCUUUUUUCAGCUUAAUUAAUGGAGUUUUCUUAUCUAACUAUUGACUGCUGAAAGCUGUUGUUUAAUAUGGUUUUGUUCGGAAGGAGCAAUACCUACCAACCAGAUGACGCAUAACAUUGAAUCAAUUUUGGCAUUUUUGCCUUCCAUGUAGGUCAGGGCAAGUAGGCAUAAACCAUCUUAAAUUAUUUCCUAACUUUAGCCAUUUUCCUAAGUUGAUUAUUAUUUAUUGCAUAUCAUUUGAGGCAAUUACUCAGUAAUAUCUGGAAUACCUUAUUUUAAUUGAUUUUAUUGAAUAAACAUAUUUUAUUUCUAAUCACUUUCAUUUUUCUUAUAGAUUAAAUAUAAAAAAUAGGAGAUCGACUUAAGUUGCAAAAUGGCUUACAAUGUUUUUUUGAAUACCGACCCAGGCCCCAAUAUCGCGAAAAUACUUAAGUCAAAUCUUAAACUCAAUCUCAACACAUUUUACAAUAAAACAUCAAAAUUUAUUGAAAGAAAUAUAUUAUUUUACACAUUUUAAAAACCGCAUUUUUAUCAUUGAAUAUUUAAAUCUUUGUUCUAGAUUCCAAGGGAAAAAUAUUCUACAGCCAAAAAUGUACAUGAGUACAAUUGUACAAAAUGUACUUGGAGUACAAUUCAUUGCCUUUUAACAUUUACUCAAGUAUAUGCUUUGCUUUUUAGAAUUAGUUUUCUUUGAAAUAUUGUCAAAAUCUUUCAAUACCAUAUUCUAUGAGAAAAUACGUUCUCAAAAAGUAUAAAAACAUACCAGAUUUUAAAUGAUACUAUAUAUGAUUUUAUGUGGUAAAUUGAGUUGAGAUUGAGACUAAGACUUAACUUGAGUAUUUUCGUGAUACUGGGGCCAGGUCUUUAAAACAGUAGACUUUCGGCUUGAUAUAUAUAUUUAUGUAGCUAAGAGUUAAAUUUUAAUUCAGUUUUAUCACACAAAACUAUGAUUGAAACGUGUUCUUGCUGAACACUAUAAUACAAUGUUUUAAAUAAAAGGAAAGGUUUAUGUGUGUUUAAAUUGAUUAAGUGUUCGCUAAAACAGAAAGCGUUGUUAAGAAACAAUGAAAAUUGUUCGAUCGGCUUAGAUCAAUUGCCUACUUCCAAGAAUAAUUGUAAUUACCAGAAACAUAUGGCCGCUAUUAACUCCUGAUGUUCAAACUUGAUAAUGUGGUCGUAAUUAACCCUUCGUAAAAUAUGUGUUCUGUGUGUAACUUUAUCCAAUAUAAUUGGGAAUAUGUACAUUUUUAUUUUUAGAUUAUUAAAAUAUAUGUAAACUUGGUCAUUGCUCAUGUAAUGGGUCUGUUGUUUGACGUCCUCCUCUUUCUGUUGUAAAAACAUUACAAAUGAAUAAAG